CCGCCAUGUUCCGGAGCCUGCUGGUGGCGGCGGCGCAGCGGCCGCAGGGCCCGGCCGGGCCCCCCCGCGCCGCCCCCGGGCCCGGGGCCGCGGCCGAGGCGCUGGAGGCGCAGUUCAGUUGCCCUAUCUGCCUCGAGGUUUUCCACCGCGCCGUCGGCAUCGCGGGCUGCGGGCACACGUUUUGUGGGGAAUGCCUGCAGCCCUGCCUGCAGGUGCCCUCCCCGCUGUGCCCGCUCUGCCGCGUGCCCUUCGAUCCCAAAAAGGUGGAGAAGGCUUCCAGCGUGGAGAAGCAGCUCUCGUCCUACAAGGCUCCCUGCAGAGGCUGCAGCAAGAAGGUGACCCUGGCCAAAAUGCGCUCGCACGUCUCGUCCUGCGCCAAGGUGCAGGAGCAGAUGGCCAACUGCCCCAAGUUUGUUCCAGUUGUCCCCACGUCCCAGCCUAUUCCCAGCAACGUUCCCAACCGCUCCACCUUCGUGUGUCCGUACUGCGGGGCGCGGAACCUGGACCAGCAGGAGCUGCUGAAGCACUGCAUGGAAAACCACCGCAACGACCCCAACAAAGUGGUGUGCCCGGUGUGCUCGGCCAUGCCCUGGGGGGAUCCCAGCUACAAGAGUGCCAACUUCCUGCAGCACCUGCUCCACAGGCACAAGUUCUCCUACGACACCUUCGUGGAUUACAACAUCGACGAGGAGGCAGCGUUGCAGGCGGCCCUGGCUCUGUCCCUCUCUGAGAACUGAGGCUGAUCCUCUCCCUGCCCCGGCUCCUCCGGAGCCACACUGCUGCCUCCGUUCCCGCUGCAAAUCCCACCUUGUUUAAAAAGGUGGAGCUUCUUCAGGAGUCACAGUGAGUGAGCAGAGACCUCUGGAGAGAGGAGCCUCAGGGCUGGGAUCAGUCCUUGGAUAGGCAUCGGAUAUCUGUGUUGGGAGCAUAGCCCUUUGUCCAGAUCUAUUUAUUAUUAGAUGCUUUUUUGGCACACUCGUCCCUGCUCUCCGUUGCAACCGAAAUAGGUACCUGAAACUGAUGGACUGGAUGCCAAACACCCUAAUUUGGGACUGGAAUCGCCCACAUCCUUUUAAAAAGGAGCAAGGCAGCACCGAGCAUCUUUUUUUAAACUCUCCGAGGAUUUUUCUAGAGACGUCAGCCCGUCCUGACCCCCGUGCUGGAGGCUGGAGCUGCCUCCUUCACCUGAAUCCCGGGAUGAGACUGAGCAGUGGAGCCCUCGAGGACGGCAUCCAGCAUCCAGGGAAACCCUUCCCUUCCCUGUUUUGUACCUGCUCUUGGGAUACCGGAUCCUUGCGUUUUUCUACACGAAGCGGCGCGAAGCCUUUUCCACGUUUUCUAGAGCGGGGUCAGAAGCUGUUCCCCUUCUCACCGCAAUACCUGCCACCCGGGACAAGAGUAUUUUUAUGGAACACUAUUUAAGAAAGUUUAUUUUUUACACAAAUAACCCAAGCAAAUGAACAGGUGGAUUGGGAAUGGGGCGGGAGGCAGGAGCUGGAUCCCGGAGCGGCGGGUCGGACUCUGAGGUGAGGGGAAGUGCAGGGAUCUUUGUGUGGGACGUCCCUGGAUCUUUCUGGGCCUUUCCCUUCCCUCACCAGAGUUCCUCUGCCCGUGAAGGAGCUGGCAGGAUCGUUGUGCCACGCUGGCACUCGGCAGGAGCAGCUGGAUUGGAUCCAGGUGCUGGUUGCCUAUGGAAUGUCUGUCUGUCCAUCCUGUCCGUGCAGGAACCCGAGCUCCUUACCCCCUCAGAAAUAAGGGAAUGCGUUCCCAGGGAUGGAAUCCCUCCCUGGGAAUGGGGCACUGUUGAUGCGAGGUGCCCCACGGCAUCCUGGUGACCCCUGUUCCCCCUGCCCCUUCCUCUCAGCCCUGCCUGCUGCUGGUGUGGGGUUGGCUCUGGAGGGCUGGGAGAGGCUGGCACGGGUGGGGGAGGCUCUCUCUGCGCCUCCCUGCUCAGAGAAUUCCCAGGCUUUAUCCAAAACCUGCCUCCAGCUCUGCUCUAGCAAUACUGGCUUGGGUUUUAUUUUGAUUUUCAUCAUACUGGAUGAUUUUGUGAUCUGCAGCCCUGCCAGGGGCAUGCAGGGAACCCUCAGUUCCCCUGGUAGGGCAGGGAAAGGGUUGGAGCUGCCCUGCUCUCCUCUCUGGAGCCAGGCCAGGGAGGAGGGAUGGCUUCUUCUCUUACCUGCCUGGCAUUGCUGGCACCUGGAGGAUGUUCCUGGUGGGAUAGAGAGCACUGGCACCUUCAGGAGGGACCCAGGAGCAUUUGGGACCCUCAGCUGCUGCAGCAGCCUCCGUGAGAGCUCCAUGCUGUUGGGCCAGCACUGUUAAAUUAACCUCGGGCUCCUUCCCUGUCUCCUUCUCCUUCUCCUUUUUGCCCCACAGAGACAGAGCAGGGGCAGCAAGAGCUGCUUUCGUAAAGCACUUUAAGGCCCUGGGUGUGAGGGGCCACGCCAGGGAUUCCUCUGUGCCAGGGACCCUUGUGCCAGGGAUCCCUGGAUCCCGCCAGCCGUGCCCGCCAAGUGCGUCACCCACCACUUUUUUUGCAUAAUUAGAAACUUUUAACGAGCCGUCCCGUUUUUUGAAGAAGAGUUAACUCGAUGACGUGUUUGUAGCAAACCAUUUUUUCUCAAUAAAGGCCGUUUCAUCCA